AUGCCGACUCCUGCCACCUUCGCUCCGAAUGCAAAGUCCUACCACGCAUUGACUUUCAACUUUGCGAAAGAACUUGGCCUCCCAGCUGCAGUCUCUCUCCAAGCGUUGCCGCGAACUGCAGAAGGAGUACAUGACGGCGAUGAAGAGACGGAGCCUGCGUUGCGAUUCAGCUUCUUGUGUAGCAGCUUCCUUGACUCAGUGCUCAACAGCCCCCGGCUUUUUGAGAAGCGCGGUUUCCAGUACUACUUGGCCCAUCACAAAACAGAAAUGCAUUGCCUGCAAAAGCUGCUGAAGCCCCUGCUGGAUGAGUUUGAUGAUGCCGCAUGGCGCGGGAAAGAACCCUCCAGUGCUGCCGCCGCUGCUGCAGAGGACCCUGGAGGCUACGGAGGGCCCGCCCUGUCAUCUGCAGCGCCCGUCCAGAUGCAACAGCAGCUGAAUGAGCUGGACGAGAUGGAGGCCAUCGCGGCCCAGAGGAGUAGCGACAUAGCGCAGAUUGCCUCCUCUGUGGUGGAGCUGAACCGGAUCUUCCGCGACCUCGCCGAGCUAGUCAUCGACCAGGGAACCAUCCUGGACCGAAUCGACUUCAACACUGAGAAGAUCUACCAGCGCUCGGACGAGGCAAAAGGACAGCUUCACCAAGCAGUGAAGCGAAAGAAGGAGAGCGACUCGAGAGCCUGGAGGUGCCUCCUGGCCUGGGGCGCAGCAGACGUGAUUCUCAUCAUCGUCUUGCUGAUCAAGUAUCAGCUCAAGUACGGUCUCAAGAACGUGCUGAUCUUCGUGGUGAUUGCUGCUGUCCUGUGUGCAGGCUGCUACUUUGGCUUGAAGCAGUACCGCCCCAAGGUACUUGCUGAAGGCCCGGCCUACGUGGAGCGGAUUAUCCCGGAAGGCUACCGCCCGGAGGACCUCUGGAAGAAGCUACGCCCCGGGCCAGUGAACACGGCGAAGACUGCCGUGUCGGCCAUGCGUGGGGGAGUCGGGCCGUAG